AUGGCGGCGUGCGGCGCGGAAGAGCGGCAGCGGGUGGGACGGCUCUCGGCGCUUUCGGUGUACCGCCGGGCGGCGGGGCCCGGGCGACUGGAGCGGCGCCUCCGCGGGACGCCGCUGCCUGCGGGCGGUAAGCGGAAUAAAGCGCGGCUGAGGCGUGGCGCGGCGGGAGGAGGCGGCCCGGAGCGGGCUGCGCUGCCGCAGAGCGCCGCCCCCCCCCCCAACCGCGUGGAGCGGGCUGGGAGCCCCGAAGCCAAGCAGGGAGACCUUAAGACUAAACCGAGCGGCUCUCCGGCCAAAGCUGCGACCAACGCUCCGGCCGGAAACCUCGAAACCAAGUCGCUCGGAGGCCCUUUGACAAUCUUGGGCGGUUCGCGGGCCAAGACUCCGGUCGGGAACCCCGAAGCAAAGCCGCCCGGAGACCCCGCAAAGAGCCCGGGCGGCGGAGGCGUGUUGGGGCUGCUGCGGCGGCUGGGGCGGCUGGAGGACAGCCGGCGGAGGGCGGCAGAGCUGUUCCGGUGGCUGGUGGCACCAGUGGCACCGGAGGAGUUCGCGAGGCGGCACUGGGAGCAGGCGCCGCUGCUCGUGCAGCGGGGUGACCCCGGCUACUACGCGGGGCUGUUCUCCACGGCUGACUUCGACGCCAUUCUGCGCAGCGGUGAUGUGCGCUUCGGGACCCACCUGGACGUGACCAGCUAUGCUGAGGGGGUGCGGGAGACGCACAACCCCGUGGGCCGGGCGCUGCCUGCCGUCGUCUGGGACUUUUACCAGAACGGGUGCUCUCUGCGGCUCCUCAGCCCCCAGGCUUUCUCCACCACUGUCUGGCACUUCCUCUCUGUCCUGCAGGAGCACUUUGGGAGCAUGGCUGGGGCCAACACCUACCUCACGCCACCAGGCACACAGGGCUUCGCCCCUCACUACGACGACAUUGAGGCCUUCGUUCUGCAGCUGGAGGGCAAGAAGCACUGGCGCAUUUACGGCCCCCGGACGAGCUCAGAGGCACUGCCCCAGUUCUCCAGUGCAAACCUCACGCAGGCGGAGCUCGGUGAGCCCCUGCUGGAAGUGGUUCUGGAGGCUGGAGACCUCCUAUACUUUCCCCGGGGCUUUAUCCACCAGGCUGACUGUCUGCCAGAUGCGCACUCGCUCCACAUUACAGUGUCCUCCUAUCAGAGGAACUCCUGGGGAGACUUCUUGGAGAAGCUUCUUCCUGCUGCCCUGCAGAUGGCCCUGGAGGAGGACCUUGAGUACCGGCAAGGGCUUCCCAUGGACUGCCUGGGGUACAUGGGGGUUGCCAACUCAGAUGCCAUCGAUGCUCGCCGAACAGCGUUUGUGGAGAAGGUGCAGCACCUGAUAAAGAAACUUGUUGACUAUGCACCCAUUGACGCUGCCAUGGAUCAGAGGGCUAAGUCGUUUCUUCACGACUGUCUCCCACCAGUGCUUACACAAAGUGAGAAACAGCUGAGCGUGUAUGGCUUUCCAGCUCGGUGGCAUGAUGGAAGGCCCCGCAAUGUUGAUAUACUAAUAACAAAAGACACAGAAGUACGUCUUCUCCAUCAUGGCAUUGUUAGAUUGUGCAAUGAAGAAGCAGGCGUGAUGCUAUAUUACACAACAGAAAACUCAAGAGUGUAUCAUAAGGAAGACCCCAAGUACCUUGAGAUAGAUCCUGAGUACACAGACAGUAUUGAAUUUCUCCUGUCCUCCUAUCCAAACCACGUCAGCGUGGAUACCCUCCCAUGUGAUGCCUUGGAGGACAAGAUUUCUCUAGCUACGCUCCUGUUUGAGAAGGGCAUUCUGACUACUAAGAAGCCACUGGUGCAAGUGUAACUCUUAUUUUUUAACAAAAUAAAAAUGCGUUUGUUUAGAAAA